CUAAUUUCAUAUCGGCCCAAUUCAAAACUCAGCUGUAUUCACAGUAUAAAUUGCUCAAAACCCUAACCCAAUACCUCAUAGCGUCGAGACACUAAAGGAGGAGAUCCAGCGCCGCCGCAUCACCAGAAGCCAUGGCUGUGCCUUUGUUGAACAAAAAGGUUGUGAAGAAGCGUGUCACCCAGUUUAAGAGGCAUCACAGCGACAGAUAUGCCUGUCUCAAGACCAACUGGCGCAGGCCCAAGGGUAUCGACUCCCGUGUCAGGAGAAAGUUCAAGGGAGUCACCUUGAUGCCAAAUAUCGGCUAUGGAUCGGACAAGAAGACCCGCCAUUACCUACCCAACGGGUUUAAGAAAUUCCUUGUCCACAACGUCAAGGAGCUUGAAAUUCUCAUGAUGCACAACAGGAAGUACUGUGCUGAGAUUGCGCACAAUGUCUCCACCAGGAAGAGAAAGGAGAUCGUUGAGCGGGCAGCUCAGCUCGAUGUUGUAGUCACCAACAAACUGGCUAGGCUGCGCAGCCAGGAAGAUGAGUAAGCUGUGUUGCACAGCUCUGCUACUUAUUACCUCUUUCCUUAUUUUUCUGUCAGUGUUUUUACUUACUAGUAUUAAGGUUAUUGACUCGAGAGUUGAAUUAUUCGACUUUGUUUUGAUUUAUGUGUUAUGCAAUCAAGACAUUUUGAACUUCA